GUCUCGAAAGCCAUAGAAAGCCAGCCAGCAAAGCUGGAUUGUGUCGCGUACGUGUCCUGCCAGACUCCGCUUGCCGGGUAUCUUUUUCAUUGGCGGCAAGUGCGACUGUCUGUAACGCUUUUUUUGUUCAGUACUUCACUUCGGCUUGUGCUCUUCCUCUUGCCCUUCAUUUCCCCACUCAUUCUGGUCCAUUCGUUGUUGUCUCACUUCGCAAAGUGUCAGCACACCUUCUUUUGCACCUCAAUACCACAACCGAGGAGAUCAAGCCCCACAUGGCAAAUCAUGAAGGCCUUCCGGAUCGGUCGGAAACCGCCCGGAACAUGGACCAACAUGACGCCACCGAUUCGGGGAGGCAUCUACGAAAAACGGCAAGACGAUGAAGUACAGCCUACACCAAUUGCCGCGUCCGUCGAUUCCUCCACCCGGCCCAACGUCACAGCCAGAGAUAUCAAUGGUGAUGCUGACGCUUACACAGAUUGGGCCGAGAAGCAGGAAACCGACACGGACAGCUUGCGCUUUCCGUCACUGGACCCGGCGGUGCAGCAAGACAUCGCCCAGAAAUAUCGGUAUUCCUACGCCGCUGUGCUCUAGGGCGUGCCGGACCUUCAACAACUCACUAUACAGGAAAACCGCGCCCUCAUGGGCCGGAUGAAAAACCCAUAUCGACAAUCUCGCCCAGAAAUACAGGGUACUACAUCAGAAACUUCACGACGAGGGGGUUCUACAAAUGUCUACAUGCGAAAUACGCAAAAGAGAUGGCUCGUUACAUGACGCUCUUUGGCACCUGCAUGGCAGCCUUGUGGUCGGAUAUGGUACUUGACGUCAACAGUGUUCCUGGGACUGUUUUGGCACCAGAUCAUGUUUACCGCACACGAUGCCGCGUACCGGGCCAUCAUGAGCAACUUCGAGGUGAACAGUCUGAUAACAAUGUUCGUUGGCGACUUCUGCUGCGGCCUGUCCA